ACGCCAGCAGUCGCCACUGGUCUAACUGGUAACCUGGAGUCCAGUCUGCCAUGACAGUCGUCGGUGUCACACGAGUGCGACGUUAAAACUUUUUCUCGAUUUUGGACUGUCUUUCUGACAAGAGGAACGAUCCAAUGGGCUAGGUUGUUAUAAGUUCCGAUGGGCACGUAUACGAUAGUUAUGGAGCGAUGGCAUAGCUGUUUCAAGUAAUAGUCCAGUGCAAAGUUAACAAGAAUCGCACGCGUCUUCGGUUUUAGUGAAUGGCGGCGGGUGGUGUGGUGGCGGUGUUGUGACGUGUGUCUCGUGCCGUGCUGGCUGUCAGUUUCUUAAAGUAUCGAAAAUCGUGUCGGUGUUCGAUUCUCGUAUGACAUCGCGGAGAAGUUUUAACGUUCUGCUCGAUCGUGGCGUCGGAGGAAUUAGUUAACGCGUAUUGCAUGCCGCAACGCAUAAGGUUCAUUCUCAACGUUGCCCGUUGGCAUUUGUUUACAAGCAGAAGCUUUCCGUUAGUUAAAGAGCAUGCGAGUAAGGUGUGGUGAAAAAUGACAUGUAGAUUCUCGUUGCUCUUUCACUCGUACUUCUCUUUCUCCUUUCUAACCCUCCCCCCUUCCUCUUUGUUCUAGGCACGCGUAUUCCUAUCCUUCCCUUCCGCCUUCCCCCGUUGCUUGUACCGGCGACUCGAAAGCCUCGCGAAGGCAAAAGUUCGCUGUCACGCGCUGAUCGUCACGAUAUUGUUUUCGCAUGAAACACCGAUGCAUUUUUAUUGGCCAAGCUAACGAGCAAAAGUUCACGCGACCAACAUAGAGACGUAUCGUUGAAGUUGUGCUUUCCAUUAAACUUACUCUUGUUUAUGUAAGAACCCGAUAAAAAAAAACAAAAAAAAAAGUAUUAUAUACAUAUCUCUGCGUACACACGACAAACCGCAUCAAGGAAAAGGACAAGGGGAAAAAAAAGAGAAUCUUUCAAGAAUUUCGCACACCUUAUCAGGAUCGAAUGCCGGAAACGACCGGCCAUGAAGAAACAGUUUGCUGCGGUAGGUUCACGCCCCUGUACUCGUCACGUCUCACCGUACCGUCGAUCAUCGACAAAAAGUUUACCAACGCAUUCAGUGUCCCGUGAUCCGUGCCGCGUUAGAACCUAGUGCAGACAUUCGUCGUGCUUUCGUGUCGGUCGUUCUCUGUUCCGAGUGGUAAUAUCGUAGUCGUAACGGAUGGAACGUGCCUGGUAUUUUAUUGUACAAUAACGGGGCAUCGAAAGUGACGUACCGUUUAUUCGGUAUUCGCUCGUGACAGGAAAUUUCCUGUUGCCGAUUUGCGCUCGGUUGGCGCGUAUGCGACUUGCCCCCCGAGUGUGUGCACAUGCCCCCGCUCGAUGCCCCCUCGUUUUCCUCAGCCAUCGCACCACUCUGUACACAUACGUAAAGGAAACAAUACCGUCGUGUUUUUAUUCGAUUAGAGCGAUAUGCGUUCCGUGUUCGAGCACGUUUAGUCGUUUCUCGAUGGACAGUGUCGUCGCGUUAUGCGUGUGGGGCCGAAAACCGAAAUACGCGACUGCGCGUAAAACUGCACGCGCUGUCAAUCAAGAGAGGAGAUAUCCACCGUAAUAUCUCUUUCUCACGUUCGAUUCGAGAUCCUGUGCUGUGAAUGAGAAGAUGUUUAACUUUAUGAAGAAGGCUACGGAGAAGGACGACAAGGAGAAACGAAAGCGAGAGAAGAAGGAACGAAAAGAUGUCAAGAAACGAGAUCGCAGUAGUAUGUCCGCUGAGGAAUUACUACGUUUGGAUGAAGUUCGGAGAUCGUUGAAGAUACCUGGUCGUCGGAAGGAAAAGGAGAAGCUGCCCAGUGGUAUCACCGCGGACUAUAGUGCUUCGUUUUUCGCUUAUUUGGAUCGUGAUCUGUUGGAGAACUCGCAGAACUCGUCGAGUUCCGGUCAAAGUGUACGAACUGGUAACAAUUGGAACACGAGGACGCCGGAUGGUUUAACCCAGAGCGAUUCCUCGGAAACUUCGCUUACUUCCUUGACGAUCACCACCACGUCCUCGGCGACCCCGACAAACACGAGCAGCGGACAGUCGAGCAAGAAUUUGCCUCCGUUGCCUCCGAAGCCACCGAAACGUGGAAUUUUGAAGGGGCCACGUUUGAGUAUCAGCGGCACGACCAACUCAUUGGCGGAGGAGAACACGUUGCCGAACGGGAACGAGACAAACUAUCAGGAAGCCAGCAAUCUGUUAGUCAGGAACACGUUGCAGAACGAGGUGAUAGCAUAUCAAAACGUACCUGUACAUCUGACUGGAUACGGAAACGCUGUGAACAAGGAGGAAGGUUGUAGCGAAGAGGAAACACAGACACAGGGUUCGUGGCAGGUCUCUCCUCAGCGUGCUGCUCAGCAAAAUCAGCAUCAGCACCAGCAACAUCAUCAGCAACAUCAUCAUCAUCAUCAUCAUCAGGGUGACGGGAAGCUUUUACAGGUUGUGACCAGCGCGAGUCCAUCAGCGGACUCUUUAACCGACACCACGAAUUCCAGUUUCGCCACACCACCCUUCAGCCUGUCGCCCGUAGGAGAAUCCCAGGGUUUGUCCCGGUGGAGGUCAUCGGCGUCCUUCGAGGAACAAGGUGUCGAGCUCCAGUUACCGGAGAUCAUUUCGCUGGAGUUACCAGAGCCUCGGGAAUUGACGAUCCAGCGGCAACCACCGCCACGAAAUGAUUUCGGAUUUUCCUUGCGGCGUGCCGUGAUCGUCGAACGAUCGGCAAACGGUGUCACUCAGAUGAGACCAGUGAUCUUUGCCGAGCCUGGUUCACUGAUACAACACAACAACGACACCGGGUUGUUGCCCGGGGACAGACUAAUCGAGGUCAAUGGGAUCAACGUCGAUGACAAAUCGCGAGAGGAGAUUAUCGAUCUUAUUAAGGGGUCAGUCAACAGUGUUACCGUGAAGGUGCAACCGGUUGCAGAAUUGUCGGAAUUAUCGAGACGGGGUGGUAGCGACGGACGACAAGUCGAACUUGCAGCCGCGAAUAUUCGCGGUGGUACUCUUCGACGAUCUGGUAGUUUGCGCUUCCAUCAAAACAUGGCACGAUCGGAGGAACAUCUCGCGCAAGAACAAGCAUGGCUAAGCUCCGAAAGGAUUUGGUUGCUGCACCGGGGUGGUUUCACCCCUGCGACAAAGUGUGGCCACGCGGAUCCGGACACCGGGAAACUGAGAAUUCGCUUGACUACUUCCGGCGAAGAGCUUCUGGUCGACGAAGAAGACGUUGAGAAGGCGAAUCCCCCGCAGUUCGACAAGGCCGAGGAGCUCUCGCAAUUACGCUUUCUCAAUGAAUCCUCUGUUCUCCACACGCUGAGACAACGUUACGCCAGCAAUUUAAUACACACUUACGCAGGAGAUAGCAUGAUCAUUAUCAAUCCGGUGGCGCCGUUGGCAAUUUACUCGGAAAAGGUGGCACACAUGUUUAGAGGAUGCAAAAGCGAGGAUAUGCCACCACAUGUUUAUGCAAUGGCGCAAGCAGCUUACAGGGGGAUGCUAGCAACCCGAAGAGAUCAUUCCUUAGUUUUUCUUGGUCGUAGUGGUUCAGGAAAAACUACCAACUUCAAACAUGCCCUCCAUUAUCUCGUACUGGCUGCAGGCACAGUUAACAAGAUCCUGACUAUUGAGAAGCUGAACGCUCUUUUCACGGUGCUGGAAGCUUUUGGAAACAGUAGAACACAUAUGAAUUCGAACGCAACACGAUUUACACAAAUCUUUAGCUUGGACUUCGAUCAGUCGGGUCAAGUAGCAUCUGCUUCCUUACAGGUGUUGCUUUUGGAGAAAUCAAGGAUAGGUAGGAGAGCAAACGGAGACCCGACCUUCCACGCUAUUUACCGUUUGCUAGCAGGUGCUGAGGGUGCACUGAGAAAGGAGUUGCAUCUUACUAAUCUAGUCGCGGAGAACAAUGCAUUUAUUACACCUCUUCAGAAGCACGAAGACAAGCAACGUGCCAUGGUUGAGUUCAAUCGAAUCGUGGCUGCCUUUCGGAUUCUUGGUGUUUCUGAAACCGAGGAGAAGGUUAUCUGGCUCGUACUCGCCGGCAUUUAUCAUUUGAGCUGUGCUGGUGCUGUUAAAGCUGGCACUAGUUCCCAAAGUCGAUGGCAAUUCGCGAGGGUAGAAUGUGCCGAGAAAGCUGCCACAUUGUUGGGUACUACAGUCGAGGAAUUGAGUAGAAUAGUGUUUUCUUCAAACGGAGGUGGUGCUGGUACACCGAGUACUCCGAGACCUGCACUUCGAACACCAAGCCCGACGGAGCAGGGAAAAGAUAUAAUGGGUUUGGACGCUCUGGAAGGUCUUCUCAUAGGACUCUAUUCCGAAGUGUUCCAUUGCGUAGCGGCUCUUAUCAAUAGAUCCAUAUCAUCUUCUGUGCACGCGGUAUCUUCCUUAUUGCUGUGCGAUUCUCCAGGAUUUCAGAAUCCAGCCUCCUGCGGACGACAAACUGGUGCUUGCUUUGAAGAUCUUUGUCAUAAUUAUUUGCAGGAACGACUGCAGUUGCUGUUUCAUCAUACUACCCUCGUAGCACCAAAAGACAGGUAUGUUCAAGAAGGAAUCGACGUCGAUUAUGAAGACGAUUGCGACGAAGAUGGUAUUGGAUCACCUCAGGGUUUGAUUUCGCUGUUAGAUCGCGGAAGUUCGCAAGGGGCGACAAUGUUGCGAACUAGUCAAAGUGACCUUAGCGGAAGUAGACAAAUGGAACGGAAGGGCCUUUUGUGGUUAUUGGACGAGGAAACGGUGUGCCCUGGCGGUAGCGAUGAAACAUUUCUGGACCGAUUGUUCUCGCAUUAUGGAGACCGAGAUCAUCAAAUGCUUCUACGAAAAGCACCUGGAAACAAUCAGUUUGUUUUACAACAUUUAUUGGGUACUAAUCCUGUACUCUACACAGCAACAGGAUGGCUUAAAGCAACUCGAGAAAAUCCUGUUACUAAAAGUGCCAUUACAAUUUUGCAAGAAAGUUCAAGGGAAGAUGUCAGCAUGCUAUUUGUCAGUGCUCGUGGAGCUGGUGUUUCCGGGGCUUUGUGCUCUUCCAUGCCUGGCUUAGAAGGUUCACAGUCUCUAAGAAGAGCUUCAAGUAUACGAAGAACAUUCACUGCUGUGAAAAGGAAAAAUAUUUGUUUGCAGGUCAAAUUUACUGUUGAUGGACUCAUUGAAACUUUGCGUAGAACGCGAGUUAAAUUCAUCCAUUGUAUACUUCCGCAACACAACGCCGGGUGCACCGAUAAUAAGAGUCUGUUAUCCGUAAAGUCGAAUCAAAGCGAGGAUAGCGUUAUCAAUGUACCCCUUUUGCGGUCACAGAUUCGUGGUAGUCAAAUAAUUGACGCUGUUCGGCUGCAUAAGGUCGGUUUCCCUAAAUAUAUGGCUGUAAGCGAAUUCAGAAGACGAUUUAGUUUGCUGUCAAGCGACGUUAAUGCUCGACCAGGUAGUCCUGUAGCCGAUGAACGUCGUGCUGUUGAAGAUAUGAUGCUUACCAUCGACGUCGAUCCAGCUUUGUAUCGAGUUGGUCAAAGUCAGAUAUUUUUCAGAUCCGGCACCCUGGAGCGAUUGGAGGCCCAAAGAGACGAGAAGCUGACUGGACACAUUAUUCUUCUUCAGGCAAGGUGCAGGGGUUAUCUGGCACGUCGUAAACUCAACACUCUGAAAUUGCAAGAUCUGGCAGUCAGAUGUAUCCAGAGGAACGUAAGGAAGUGGAUGUCCGUAAGAGAAUGGCCAUGGUGGAGAUUAUACGUGAAAGUUGCACCUUUAUUGAACGUUCAUCGGACUGAGGAUCAGUUAAAGGCAAAGACGGAAGAGCUUGAAAUUCUCAGAACAAAGUUGGAGAGAUUGGAACAGGAACGGAAUCAUCUGAAACACGACAACGACAAACUAGAAGCUAAGUUAAGCGAAAUGACCGCCGACUUCGCAGAGGAGCAUUCGACGUCGACGUUAGCAGCGGAGAGGAUCGACGCCGAGACGUCCGAACGUCUGCGACUGGAAAGAGAACUUCAGGAUGUGACAGAGGCGAACAAGAAUCUUCAACAAACGACAGAGCGGCUGGAAAUGGAGCUUCUGUAUGCAAGAGCUGCCGAUUUGAAUGGCGUUGCCUCUGAUGCCGAGGACGGCGAAGAUGGUGGUGUUUACAAACAGAGAUACGAGCACGCUGUGAGAGAACUCGAGUUCACCAAGAGGAAGAUGGCGCAACAGCACGAGGAUGACUUGGAACAAUUGGUGGGACUCAAGAAACAAUUAGAGAAGAAGUUAGCUGACGCGUACGAAGAGGUCGAAGAACAGCGUCAAGUGGUUGGACAAUGGAAACGUCGUGUACAAAAAUUGAACGGUGAAAUGCACGAUCUGAGGCUGCUGUUAGAAGAACAAACAGCCAGGAAUAAUCUUUUAGAGAAGAAGCAACGCAAAUUCGACUCGGAAACGCAGAAUCUGAUGAACGAUCUCCGGCAAGAGAAAGCUCAACGAGAAAGGCUUGCCAGAGAAAAGGAGAUUGCAAUCGCAGAAAAAUUCACCAUAGAACAAAAUCUGAGUGAUGCGAGAUUAGAAAUCGAAUUGAAAGAAGAAAGGCUGCGAACAUUAAGCCAGGAACUGGAAGAGUUAACAUUCGGUGGUAAAACGGAAGAGGAAGUGGCACAGUUGAAGAAAGCCAAGCACGAGCUAGAAAAGAGAACAAAGGAUCAAGAAGAGGAACUCGAUGACCUUGCUGGACAAGUACAGCUUCUUGAGCAAGCUAAAUUGAGGCUUGAAAUGAGCAUCGAGCAGCAACGCAAAGAAAUGCGUAAAGAACUGCAACAGAGGGACGAGGAAUUAGAGGAUGUGCGUGGUAAUUCAUUGAAGAAGGUUAAAGCGCUGGAAUCGCAGCUUGAAAAUGAACACGAAGAGAGAACGAUACUUCUCCGAGAGAAACACGAAUUGGAACGACGUUUGGUGGCCAUAGAAGAACAGGACCGAGCUGAACGAGCCGUGGAGGCUGAAACUAUGCAUAGGUUAAAGAGAGAUCUAAAGAGGACCAAAGCACUGCUCAGAGAUGCUCAGACCAUGUUAGAAAGAUCCAAAGGCGACUCGACAGGCAAGGCAGCCCUGCGACAACUGAAGAAUCAAUUAGAAGAUGCUGAAUGCGCAAGAGCUGCUGCGGUUAAAGCGAAACAAGCGUUGGAACAAGAAUUAAACGAGACUCAAGCUUCUCUCGAGGAAGCACUGCGGCAGCGUUCUGAAGCGGAAGAACGUGCCAACGUAGCCAGUCGCGAACGAACCGAAUUACUGUCACAACUGGAAGAAAACGAGGAAGAACUUGCUGAAGUGUUGAAGAAGUACCGUGCAGCUGUUCAACAAGUGUCAGCAGAACAGGCGCAGUUACAAGAGGCGCAGGUACAAAUUGCCGCACUGGAAGCGGAGAAAUCCUCGCUGAAGGAUCAACUUUCAGAAUUGACUCAACGUUUGGAAUCUGUGGAACAGCUUGGAGAUCCUACUGCAAACAGUCUUGCUACGAGACGAUUGGAAUUCCGUGCCAAGGAGCUCGAGAGUAAGCUGGAAUUAGAGCAAACUACUAGAGCACGCUUGGAGACGCAGAUAGCAAGAUUGAAGGAGUACGUUGAAAAGCUGCAAACUGAAUCAGCAUUACUAAGGACAAAGGAGCAGACCGCUCAAGAUGCGGCGAGGAGAUUGCAAAGAUCGUUACGCGAAGCGAGAGAAGAGGCUAGCUCUGCAUUGGCACGCGAACAAGAAGCCACACGGGCUCGUCGCGAAUUAGAAAAGUCCCUUGAGGCUGCUGAAGCAGAGACCAAAGUCGCUAGAGACGAUCUUAGAUUGGCGCUUCAACGAAUCGACGAUUUGCAAAGCGCCAUUCAAGGCGAACUCGAUUUGGAUUGUAGCGAGGAGGGAACAACUGAAAAUAGCGAUAGUGAUUGAUGCGAGCAGUUGUCGGACCUCGAGUCCGACGAGAGCAAGGACAAAAAACCGACUGAUCAACGCAUCGUCGAGAAUCUCCCUGACGAAGCAUCGUUCACUGACCCAUCACUGGAUAAUUGUUGAUCGGCCAAGUCGGAAGAAAUGAAACGAGCAAUAAGGGGUAUACCAAAAAAAAAAACAAUCCAUGUGCUAGUUCAAAACUGAUAGACUUAGUUUCUUCUGAACAUCAUCGCCACUGCCGAAUAAAAAGAAGAAGCAUUAUUUGCGCGACAAAACAGCGAAUCAAAAUUGAAAUUUGAAAAUCAAACGGACUAACUGCGUUCAGCAGAGACCUAUACCGAAGCGACCAACAAAAUCAAUGAAAUUUGUACUAAUCUUUACUCUCUCUUUAUAUUCUUCAAUUUUACUUGUUGCUCGAAGCGAUGACGAAGUUUGUAAUACUGUAUAAAUGUCUCUAGAAAACGUCGAUGUCGUGGCUAUUUGUAUUCUGCUUCAUAAACGCGUGUUUUGGUGCUACUUUAAUCCGACAGUGUAGUUAUCGUCGACGAACAAUGUCGUUGUUCAAGUCUUCCAAGGGAGAUCAAUCAUCUCGAUGUUAUAUAUCGUCGAAGCGUGCAUAUUUUACGCAUAUGAUUACCAAAUGAUCGCUUUCACAAUGGCGUAUAGAUCACAAUUGCAAUGUAUACGUGGAUGUAUUGAAAAAAAAAAACAACAAAAAAACAGGGAAUCUUAAUUGUUCACAAGCGAAAAGCAUUUUACGCUUUUUUAAAACUUCGCUACCUAGCCAAUAAUCAUAUUGGUUAUACAGUUUGUAUCAUAAGACGCGGACUACGACUCAGUUCUUUGGUUUCUUAUAAGGAUUCACAUGUAACUUAUUGCUUUGUAAAAUGCAGAUAUCUUAUUUAAUUAA